CGCUCCCUAAAGGGUGCCGCUGCUGGAAAAGUCCGUCCCCAUUCCCAUUUUUUCCCUCCUCCCAGUUCCCCUCGUCCCUCCCACUCCCUCCCAGCGCUCUCCCGCUGUCAGGGAGCCGGGAAAAGCUCGGGAUAAGGGAAGGGAUCUGGGAUAGGAGCUGCCAGUCCCGCCGAUGCUCGGGAGCCGGCGAUUCCAUGGCCAUUCCCAGCGGGAUUCUCCUGGCCUGUUCCCUCUGCCUCCUGCCCGGAUUGGGGAAUUCCUUCAACAUCGACACCGCGAGGCCCCAGAUCAUCGCGGGAUCCAGGGAAUCUUUUUUUGGAUACACGGUGCAGCAGCACGACAUCGGCGGCAAGAAAUGGCUGGUGGUGGGAGCUCCGUACGAAUCCAACGGGCAGCAGAAGACUGGAGAUGUCUACAAGUGCCCAGUGCCGAGUGACGGCCACAGCAACUGCACCAAGCUCAACCUGGGGCGGGUGACGCUGUCCAACGUGUCGGAGCGCAAGGACAACAUGCGCCUGGGCCUGAGCCUGGCCACCAACCCCAGGGACAGCAGCUUCCUGGCCUGCAGCCCGCUGUGGUCCCACGAGUGCGGCAGCUCCUACUACACCACGGGCAUGUGCUCCCGCGUCAACGCCAACUUCCGCUUCUCCCGCAGCGUGGCUCCGGCCCUGCAGAGAUGCCAGACCUACAUGGACAUCAUCAUCGUUCUGGAUGGAUCCAACAGCAUUUAUCCGUGGGUUGAAGUCCAGCACUUCCUGAUAAAUAUCCUGAAAAAGUUUUACAUUGGUCCUGGCCAGAUCCAGGUGGGAGUUGUCCAGUAUGGAGAGGACGUGGUCCAUGAGUUCCAUCUGAACGACUACAGGUCCGUGCAGGACGUGGUGGCGGCCGCCAGCCACAUCGAGCAGCGAGGGGGCACCGAGACCAGGACCGCCUACGGCAUUGAGUUCGCUCGCUCGGAAGCGUUUCGGAAAGGUGGCCGGAAAGGGGCAAAGAGAGUAAUGAUUGUCAUCACAGAUGGAGAGUCCCACGACAGCCCAGACCUGGAGAAGGUGAUCGAGGACAGCGAGAGGGACAACGUCACCAGAUACGCCGUGGCGGUCUUGGGUUAUUACAACAGGAGAGGGAUCAACCCCGAGGCUUUUCUGAACGAGAUCAAAUUCAUCGCCAGCGACCCCGACGACAAACACUUCUUCAACGUCACCGACGAGGCGGCGCUCAAGGACAUCGUGGACGCCCUGGGAGAAAGGAUUUUCAGCCUGGAAGGAACCAACAAGAACGAGAUCUCCUUUGGACUGGAAAUGUCCCAGACUGGAUUUUCAUCCCACGUUGUGGAAGACGGGAUCCUGCUGGGAGCAGUGGGAGCCUACGACUGGAACGGAGCUGUCCUGAAGGAAACCAGCAGCGGGAAAGUCAUUCCUCUGCGGGAAUCCUACCUGCAGGAAUUCCCCGAGGAGCUGAAAAACCACGGAGCGUAUUUAGGCUACACCGUCUCCUCCAUCGUCUCCACCAAGCACGAGCGGAUCUACGUGGCGGGAGCGCCGCGGUUCAACCACACGGGCAAAGUCAUCCUGUUCAACAUGCACAGCAACAGGAACCUCACCAUCCACCAGGCCCUCAAGGGAGAGCAGAUCGGUUCCUACUACGGCAGCGAGAUCAAUUCCCUGGAUGUGAACGGUGACGGCGUCACCGACGUCCUGCUGGUGGGAGCGCCCAUGUUCUUCAGCGAGGGCAGGGAGAGGGGCAAGGUCUACGUGUACACCCUGCAGGGGAACCUCUUUGUUCCCAGCGGAGCCCUCGUGGACCUCCAGAGUUACCAAAACUCCCGUUUCGGCUCCUGCAUCGCCGCCGUUCCCGACCUCAACCAGGACUCCUACAACGACCUGGUGGUGGGGGCCCCUCUGGAGGACGAGCACCAAGGAGCCAUUUACGUCUUCCUGGGGUUCCAGGAGACCAUCCUGAAGAAGUACAAGCAGAGGAUUGCAGCCGCUGACCUCGCUCCGGGCCUGAUGUAUUUUGGAUGCAGCAUCCACGGGCAGCUGGAUCUGAACGAGGACGGGCUCGUGGACUUGGCCGUGGGCUCGCUGGGCAACGCCGUGCUGCUCUGGUCCCGCAGCGUGGUCCAGAUCAACGCCAGCCUCCGUUUUGAGCCCCCCAAGAUCAACAUCUUCACCAAGGACUGCAAGCGCAACGGGAAGGAGGCCACCUGCAUGAGAGCCUUCGUCUGCUUCACCGCCCUCUUCCUCUCCGCUCACUUCCAGGCUGCCAGCGUGGGGCUCAGGUACAACACGACCAUCGACGAGCGCCGCUACUCGCCCCGGGCUCACCUGGACGACGGCGGCGGCGACCGGGCGGCACCGAGGGCGCUGGUGCUGCCGGCGGGGCAGGAGCUCUGCCACACCCUCCCCUUCCAUGUCCUGGACACGGCGGAUUACGUGAAGCCGGUGACGUUCUCCAUCGACUACGAGCUGGAGCAGCCCGAGCACGGCCCCAUGCUGGACGAUGGGUGGCCCACCUCGCUCAGGGUCUCUGUCCCUUUCUGGAAUGGCUGCAACGAGGAUGAGCACUGUGUGCCCGACCUGGUGCUGGAUGCCCGAAGUGACAUUCCCAGUGCCAUGGAAUUCUGCCGGAGGGCGCUGCGGAGGGGGGACUGCUCGGCCUUCAGCCUCUCCUUCGACGCCUCUGUCUUCGUCAUCGAGAGCAGCAGGAGGAGGGUGGCCGUGGAAGCCACGCUGGAAAACCGCGGGGAAAACGCCUACAGCACCGUCCUCAACAUCUCCUUCUCCAGGAACCUCCAGUUCGCCAGCUUGAUCCCCAAGGACGACACCGACAUCAGCAUCGACUGCGCCGGUGACGACAGGCACCCCACCAGGAGGGUGUGCAACGUCAGCUACCCCUUCUUCCGUGCCAAGGCCAAGGUCGCUUUCCGCCUGGAUUUUGAAUUCAGCAAGUCCGUCUUCCUGCAGAGCAUGGAGGUCCUCAUGGUUGCCAGCAGUGACAGCGAGGAGAAGGAGAGCACCAAGGAGGACAACGUUGCCCACCUCAACUUCCAGCUCAAAUACGAGGCUGACCUGCUUUUCACCAGGACAUCGAGCCUGGACUAUUUCGAGAUCAGAUCCAACAAUUCCCUGGAUGGAUCCAACCCCAUCGGGCCCCCCUUCCACUGCACCUUCACGCUGCAGAACCUGGGAUUCUUCCCGGUGCAAGGGGUGACCCUGAAGAUCACCGUGCCCGUGGCCACGCGGGCGGGCAACCGGCUCCUGCUGCCCGCGGAAUUCCGGGCGGAGCAGGAAAACACCACCUGCAACAUCUGGGGGAACAGCACUGACUACCGGAGAACCCCGGCGGAGGAGGACCUGUCCCGCACCCCACACCUGAACCACAGCAACUCCGACGUGGUUUCCAUCGACUGCGAGGUGAAACUGGCGCCCAACGAGGAGCUGAACUUGCACUUGCGGGGAAAUCUCUGGAUGAAGUCUCUGAAAGCACUGAAGUUCAAGGCACUGAAGCUCACCGUGAUCGCCGCGCUCCAGCGGCGCUUCCGGAGCCCCUUCGUUUUCCGGGAGGAGGAUCCCAGCCGCCAGGUCACAUUUGAGAUCUCCAAGCCCGAGGAAUCGCAGAUUCCCAUCUGGAUCAUCCUGGGGAGCACCUUUGGAGGCCUCCUGCUCCUGGCCCUGCUCGUCCUGGCGCUCUGGAAGCUCGGGUUCUUCAAGAGGGGGAGGCGCCGGCGAGCGGCGGAGCAGGAGCAGAAUUCCCAAGGGAUGGAGUGACUCUGCUGGGGCCAGGAGCCCCUUCCCAGCUCUGGAAAUUCCCGGGAUCCCGAGGGAUUUGGGGGCUGAGCUUGGCUUUGCAGCGGGAUGAGAGAACAGCCCUUGUGGGACAGCACUUAAAACCCGUAAAAAAAACCCUCAAACCAACUGAGAAUUCCCCAAAAAGUCUCCUCGGAGGAGGUUCCAACUGGGAUUCCAGAAAAAAGCACCUCAAACCAACCAAAAAUUCCCAAAAAAGUCUACUCAGAGGAGCUUCUCACUGGAAUUUCAUAAAAAAAACACCUCAAGCAAACCAAAAAUUCCCGAAAAAAAUCUCCUUGGAGAAGCUUCCUACUGGGAUUCCAUAAAAAAAACACGUCAAACCAACUAAAAAUUCCAUAAAAAGCACC